GUCCUUUUCGUUCGUCCUCAGUGCAGGAUAACGCAGCAGUCAUCUUCCUCUCUUCGUCUUAAAACGACUUAUUUUUUUAUCAGUCACAUCGGAGUCGCUCCGCUGCUGUCAUCCUGCCCACUGCACUAUUUAUUGAGAGGAUAACGACAUCAAGUGUGAAGUUUUCAAGAGACAAUCAUCGUCAUCAGUACUGAGUAUGGAUGUGCUGUUGCGUCGCUGUCCGUUCCUGGCUCGUGUGCCCCAGGCCUUCCUCCAACAGACCAAAAAGUCUCUGGUGGUGUACGCCCAGCAAUGCCCCAUCAUGAUGGAGCUGGCCUCUAAGCCCAUGGCUCCAUCAAUGGCACGGGCCUUAUGCUCCUCCUCUUCAUCCUCCUCGUACCAGAAGACAGAGGACACCAUGUCUGCCAGUGAAGCCAAGGAAGUGGAGCCCAAGCUGCCUGCUGGCCACCCUAUGCCACCCCAAGGCCAGUCAGUGGCCUCUAAAUGCCCUUUUCUGGCUGCCGAGAUGGGCCAGAAGAACAGCAGUGUUGUUCGCCAGGUUGGCAUGGAGUUCCAAGAGGAUGUUCAGGAAGUCCGUACUGUCCAGAAGGAAGUGUCCCCUUCCCAGCUGAAGAAGCCGUCCACGGACAGUAACAUGAAGGGAAGUGGAGAUGAGCAGACUAAUCUGAUGAAGGCUCUCCUGAAACAGCGUCCUAAAAGGGUCUCCCACCUGCUGCAGGACAACUUGCCCGAUAGUAUGUCCCGCUUCCGCUAUGAUGACUUUCUUGAGAAGAAGAUAGUAGAGAAGAAGAACGACCACACAUACCGUGUGUUUAAGACUGUGAAUCGUCUGGCCAACGAGUUUCCGAUGGCUGAUGACUUCUCGGGAUCCUUAGAGGAAAAGAGGGAGGUCUCUGUUUGGUGCAGCAACGACUAUCUGGGCAUGAGUCGACACCCACGGGUCGUCCAGUCCAUUAUGGAUACUCUACGUAAGCACGGUUCAGGGGCGGGAGGCACCAGGAAUAUCUCUGGGACCAGUAAAUUCCAUGUGGAACUGGAACACGAGCUGGCUGACCUUCACAACAAAGACGCAGCACUGCUCUUCACUUCCUGCUUCGUCGCCAACGACUCCACCCUCUUCACUCUGGCGAAGAUGCUGCCUGGUUGUGAAAUCUACUCCGAUGCUGGUAACCAUGCGUCAAUGAUUCAGGGUAUCAGAAACAGCGGUGUUAAGAAAUUUAUUUUCCGCCACAACGAUGUCGCCCAUCUCAGAGAGCUCCUACAGAAGGGAGACCCCACAAAACCGAAGAUUGUGGCCUUUGAGACCGUCCAUUCCAUGGAUGGUGCUGUGUGUCCGCUGGAGGAGAUGUGCGAUGUGUCCCAUGAGUUUGGUGCUAUCACCUUCGUAGACGAGGUUCACGCUGUGGGCCUGUAUGGCGCCAAAGGAGGGGGCAUUGGAGACAGAGAUGGCAUCAUGCACAAGAUGGAUAUCAUCUCAGGAACACUAGGCAAAGCCUUCGGUUGUGUGGGCGGCUACAUUGCGAGCACCGCUGCCCUGAUAGACACGGUGCGUUCCUAUGCUGCUGGUUUCAUCUUCACCACCUCUCUGCCACCAAUGCUGUUAGCUGGAGCAAGGCAGUCGAUCCAGGUUCUUAAAGGUGAGGAGGGCCGUUCACUGAGACGCAAACACCAGCGCAAUGUCAAGCUGCUCCGACAAAUGCUGAUGGACUCUGGGCUGCCGGUGGUGCACUGCCCCAGCCACAUCAUCCCAGUCCGGGUAUCAGACGCUGAGAAAAACACAGAGGUGUGUGACCUCAUGAUGAGUCGCCACAACAUCUACGUGCAGGCCAUCAACUAUCCCACAGUUGCCAGGGGAGAAGAGCUCCUGCGUAUUGCCCCAACACCACACCACACCCCUGAGAUGAUGAAAUACUUUGUUGAGAGGUUGGUGGACACGUGGAAGGAGGUGGGCCUGGAACUGAACCCCCACUCCUCAGCAGAGUGCACCUUCUGCCAGCAGCCGCUGCACUUUGAGCUGAUGAGCGACCGAGAAAAGUCUUACUUCAGCGGCCUCAGCCACCCUAUCUCAGCCUGCGCAUAA